AUGACGGUAGUUGCUAAAAAGUCCACAGUCGUCCUCCUCCCCGGAGACGGUGUCGGUCCCGAGGUCAUUGCCGAGGCCCAGCGUGUCCUCGAGCUCGUCGCCAAGAUCCGCGCACACAAGGUCUCUAUUGACUUCAAGACCGAGUUGAUCGGAGGUGCCUCUAUCGAUGCCCACGGCACCGCGCUCACAGAUGAGGCGCUUGCGUCUUGCAAGGCCGCCGACGCCAUCCUCCUCGGAGCAGUAGGAGGCCCCAAGUGGGCCACAGGAAACCCCAGACCUGAGCAAGGACUCCUCGCCCUCAGAAAGUCCCUCGACCUCUACGCCAACCUCCGCCCCUGCACCUUUGCCUCCGAUUCCCUUAUCUCCCACUCCCCCCUCAAGGAAUCUAUCGUCAAGGGUGUUGACUUCAUGAUGAUCCGUGAGCUCGUCGGUGGUAUUUAUUUCGGUGACCGCAAGGAGGCUACGGAGGAGGAUGGCUAUGCCUAUGACACCCUUCCUUACUCCAAGGCUGAGGUCGAGCGUAUUACUCAUCUUGCUGCUGCCCUUGCUCUCCAGCAUGAGCCCCACUGGCCUAUUCAUUCGAUCGAUAAGGCUAACGUCUUGGCCUCGUCCCGUCUCUGGCGCAAGACUGUCACGGAGGUUAUCGAGAAGGAGUACCCCCAGCUCAAGGUCGACCACCACCUCGUUGAUUCCGCCGCUAUGUUCCUCGUCAAGAACCCUCGUGGACUCAACGGUGUCAUCUUGACCGAGAACAUGUUUGGCGAUAUCCUCUCGGAUGAGGCUUCUGUCAUCCCAGGUUCCCUUGGUCUCCUCCCCUCGGCAUCUUUGAGCGGUCUCCCCGAGAAGGGCAAGCCCUGCUUGGGAGUCUAUGAGCCCAUCCACGGAUCUGCCCCCGAUAUUGCAGGCAAGGGUAUUGCCAACCCCGUCGGUACCAUCCUCUCAGCCGCCAUGUUGCUCCGCUACUCGCUCGAUUUGGAGGCUGAGGCCGUUGCUGUCGAGGAUGCUGUCCGCAAGGUCUUGGAUGGCCCCGAUACUGCUGGUUACGAAUUCCGCACCCGCGACUUGGGUGGUGAGAAAACCACCAAGGAGAUGGGUGACAAGAUUCUUGAGGUCCUCGAGAAGGAGCUUCUUGGUCUCAACGCUGCCGAGGGUGCCCCUAUCUUCCGUCCCUUGGCUAUUGGCCGCCCUGCCGGCCGCCGUGGCAUGACCAUCUCUGAGAAGAUUAUCGCCCACAACGCCAUUGGUCUCACUGGCCCCGGUAACGUCAAGCCCGGUGACAUGGUCUGUGUCUCUGUCGAUUGGACCUUGGCCUCCGAGUUGACCUGGAAGGGUAUGGACAAGACCUACGACCAGAUGGGUCGCCCCUCCGUCUACCGUAAUGACCGCUUCUGGCUCGCCGUCGACCACACCGUCGAUCCCAGCAUCAACCACCUCCCCAAGCCCACCGAGCUCAUUAAGGCCUCGACCGAUUUCGCAAAGGAGGCAAAGUUGAUCGACUUCUACGGCGCCAACUACUCGAUUCUCCACACUGAGUUCUAUCGUGAGCGUGCCCAGCCCGGUCAGAUGAUCAUCGGUGCCGACUCGCACUCUUGCUCUGCUGGUGCCGUCGGUGCCUUUGCUGUCGGUCUUGGUGCUGCUGAUGUCGUCAUGCCCUUGGUCACCGGUGAGACCUGGUUCAAGGUUCCCGAGACUGUCGAGAUCCGCUUCGUUAACCAGCCUCCCUUCGGUAUCGGUGGAAAGGACGCUAUCCUCUACGUCCUCCAGCAGCUCAAGCGUAACACUGUCGCCUUUGAGCGUUCCGUCGAGUACACCGGUCCCGGUUUGAAGCACUUGUCGUGCGAUGCCCGUUUCGCCCUCGCCAACAUGGCCACCGAGUUUGGAGGUAUUGCCGGAGUCUGUGAGGCCGAUGAGACCACCGCCGCCUACAUUGCCAAGCGUAAGAACCCCCAGCACAAGAACUCUGCCCUUUACUUCAAGGCCGACGAGGAUGCCGAGUACGCCGAGACCCACGUCAUCGAUCUCUCCAAGGUCGAGUCCCUCGUUGCCCUCUACCCCGAUCCCGAUAACUGUGUCGAUGUUGAUGCCUGCUCUGGAACUAAACUCGACGGAUGCUUCAUUGGAGCCUGUACCACCGCCGAGGAGGAUCUCAUCUUGGCUGCCCUUGUCCUUGAGGCUGGUAUGAAGAAGGGUCUUGUCCCCGCUCUCGGAGGCAAGCGUAAGGUUACCCCUGGCUCGGUCCCCAUCGUCGCCAAGCUCCGUCGUCUCGGACUCCUCAAGAUCUACGAGCAAGCCGGUUUCAUCGUCGGUGCCCCCGGAUGCUCUUACUGUAUCGCCGUCGCUGCCGACCAAGCCGGCGAAGGUGAAGUCUGGCUCUCGUCCCAGAACCGUAACUUCCGUAACCGUAUGGGUAAGGGCGCCAUCGGAAACCUCGCCUCUGCCGCCACCGUCGCCGCCUCAUCCUUCGACAUGAAGAUCCGCAACCCCCGCGACCUCCUCGACUCGAUCGACCGUGUCCGCUACGAAGAGAUGCUCGAGCAGUGGAUCGAGAAGGGCAAGCCCGUCGUCUACUCCGAGCCCGUCCCCAUCCUUUUCGAUGAGACCGCCGCCGCCGGUGCCUCCCUCCCCGCCCCUCCACCCUCCUUCUCGGCCACCAUCAAGGGCCGCGUCCAGCGCUUCGAUGACAACAUCGAUACCGACGCCAUCAUCCCCGCCCAGUUCAUGCCCGGAACUUCCGACGUCGACCUCGGCACCCACGCCUUCCAAUUCGUCAAGCCCGAAUUCCGCGACCUCGCCAAGCAAGGCUUCAACAUUGUCGUCGGAGGCAGCGGUUUCGGUUCCGGUUCCUCUCGCGAGGAAGCCCCUCGUGCUCUCCUCGGUGCCGGUAUUAAGGCCGUGAUCGCCAAAUCCUACGCUUUCAUCUACGCCCGUAACCAGCCCAACAUGUCCCUCCUCGGAAUCACCAUCGACAACGAGGCCUUCUACAAGGAUGCUCAGGAGGGUGCCGAGAUUGCGAUUGAUGUCAAGGAUCGCAAGGUCCACUGUAACGGAAAGGAGUAUCCCUUUGGAUUGUCUUUGAUGGAGGAGCGUCUGUUGGCUGGUGGUGGUGUGACAGAGAUGUACAAGACCUAUGGCAAGCAGCUCUUCCGUGUUGCCACUGCUCCCGAGACGGCAUCUAGCUGUGGUAGUGAAUCUGCUGCUGCUGCUGCUCCUUCCAAGAGCAGCUGUGGCGACGAGAGCGAGCUCGCCUGGUAA